AUGGAAAAAAAAAAUCGUUACAGAAACAAACGACGGCAAUUUGGAAGGUUGGCGAGUUUCGGAGUAGAAGAGCGGUGAAAAAAGAACCCGAGUUUUAGUUCAACUGUUUGAAGAGUGACGCCGAUCGGAUGUACACUCACAAACACACACACACACACAUAAACACUCGCGACAGUCACUGAGCACGAGGAUUAUCGUAAGUUUCGACUGUUUUCAAUUAUUAAAACGCUGUCAUUGUAAUUUUCAAAAGUUUUCAGAAUCAAUGAGUACAAUAGAAAAAACAUUUUUUGAAUUUGAUGCAACUUCACCAACUGUGAUAAUCUGUCAUUAGAAAUGCUCCUACCGUAGCUAGGUUACGGCAGGCAGGUCCGUCUUUUCGUAUCUAAGAAACUAUGCGUUUUUCUAUGCCUACUGUAUAUCAAUCGAUAACGAAUGCAAUUUUAAGAACUUUUUCAAUACAUACCAUCAUGGGUUACUGUAAAAAUUUUUUGAGUUACGGUGAUAUGUGUGUCUGCGGUUUUGGUUUUUCCGUUACUCUGUGUGUUAGAGGAAAGACCACGGCUAGUAACUUUCUUAGAACAUUCUUUCUAGCAAUACCUUCGAAUUGAUGCUUCUUUGAGGCCUCCCGGUCCCUCUAGCGGCGUCAGUCCCUUAAGUGAUUGCUUGAGCUGCGCAGGCGCGUCCGGUUUGCGUGACCCAUGACAACGUAGUCUUAUCGGAAAUCUUUUUUUUUGAGUUCCGAGAAAUUUUGGGUAAAAUAUUAAUUGAUGAGUUUUUAGUUAAUUUUCAAAGGGGCUCACAAGCGUUUUCAAGUUUUUUUUUUAAAGUUGUAUAGUUACCGCGCAAAGAGGAUGAGUCCAUUUUUUACAGUUGCCUUGGCGAUCUCAGCAAAAGUUUCCUGGAUGAGUUGCUUCUGCUCCGUUGUCAAACGAGACAAUUCAGUGUGAACCAAUUUCUUCACUUCCGUAUUCCCUAUCAACAUUUCUUCAUGAAAAAAAGAAAUAUCCAAAUUUACCUUGAAAAUUUCUUUUUAAGCUGUACGUAUGUGCUACCUAAAACCUUCGUCUUCCUGAUUUUAAAUAAAUAAUAACAACGAGAACUCACGAUUUGCAGCCAUAAAUGAAGACGGAAAUAAGAAAGUGGACCCAGAUUAUUCAGGCAGUAUUCAAAAAACAAUCGGAAACGUUGAACUAGGCUUAUGAGGCACGCGACAUGAUAGUCCAGAAAAUGAAACUUUUGGCUUUUAGUCUGAAGAAAAAAUAAAUAAAUUACAACGUUCAAAAUUUCAACACUUUUCGCAUCAUUCAAGCGUCCUUGUUUGGAAGAUGUACACCUCUACAAAGAAAAUCCGUAAAUGAGCUACGUAAAAGGUUAAAUGUUGGGUAUUUCAGUCGAGAAUCACUGAUCGUCUCCCCUACCUCAGUAGCUACCGCUAGGAUGAAGCUGAAGGUGGCUAAGGUCGGCCUCCAGAGUGUGGGUCUCAAACUUUUGUCUUCUUCUUUUCCGCAUUUUUGCAGUUUUCUCUGAAAAGAAGCACAAAGAAGCAAUCAGUACGACAAAGUAAUAAAGUGAGGAAUGGAAAAAUUCAAGUAAAAAGAGUCUGAAGCUUCUGGAUUGAACUCAAUCCGUUGAUAACCUAUAUUGCUGAAAAGCUGACGAAACGAUUGAUUCAACCAGACUACCUGUAG